AUGUCCAGGCGCCAUGGAGUCCCCUGGUUGCUCACCUGGGUAGUGCUGAUCUGUCAGGCUGGAUGCUGCCUCCUGGAUUCCAUAGGAGCAGCGGGGAGUUUCAGCCAUGUGCGUCCUUUCAGCAAUAAAUCAAACCUUGACCAAGGUUAUUGUGAAAGAAAAAGAAAAACAAAUAGUUUUAGGGUGUGGAGCCUUUCUUCAGAAAGCCUCAUAGCUACGCUGCCUGUUGAUACUAUUCCAGAAAACUCAAUUCGUAAAGUACGAGACUGCAUUUUUUCAGUAGCCUAUCCUACUCCUUUUAUAUCUAGAGUUCUUCUUGUAGCAGUUUCAAAGGAUGUUCUGGAAGGUAUUUUGGACCUUGAUGUAUCUGUCAAAGAAACAGAUGAUUUUCUCCAGCUUGUCAGUGGUGGGAAAGUGGUUUUAGGGUCUAUUCCUCUGGCCCAUAGGUAUGGAGGCCAUCAGUUUGGUAGCUGGGCAGGUCAGCUGGGUGAUGGAAGAGCCCACUUGAUUGGAGUGUACACAAACAGGUAUGGUGAGAGAUGGGAAUUACAGUUGAAAGGUUCAGGAAAAACUCCAUAUUCAAGAAAUGGUGAUGGAAGAGCUGUGCUUCGCUCCUCUGUGCGAGAAUUUUUGUGCAGUGAGGCCAUGCACUACCUUGGAAUUCCUACAAGCAGAGCAGCUAGCUUAGUUGUAAGUAAUGAUGAUGUGUGGAGAGACCAGUUUUACAAUGGAAGUGUUAAAAAAGAAAGAGGUGCAAUAGUCCUGCGUGUUGCCAAAUCGUGGUUUCGUAUAGGUUCCUUGGAAAUUUUAGCUCAUUCUGGGGAACUGGACUUGCAAAGGACACUGCUAGACUUUGUCAUACAAGAACAUUUUCCAUCAGUAAACAUGAAUGAUUCAAAUAGAUAUUUGGACUUUUUCUCUAGAGUGGUAUUGGAGACUGCAAAUCUGAUUGCAUUGUGGAUGUCAGUGGGCUUUGCUCAUGGUGUGUGCAAUACAGAUAACUUCAGUUUGUUAUCCAUAACAAUAGAUUAUGGUCCAUUUGGUUUUAUGGAGUCCUAUGAUCCAAAUUUUGUUCCAAACACAUCUGAUGAUGAAAGGAGGUAUAAAAUAGGAAACCAAGCAAAUGUUGGGAUGUUUAAUCUGAACAAGCUGUUACAAGCUCUAAAACCUGUAUUGGAUCGCAGACAAAAGCAGCUUGCUUUCCAGAUUCUGGAGGGAUACUCUGAGCUUUAUUAUACCCGUUUUACAGAACUAUUUAGAGCAAAAUUGGGUCUCCUUGGGGAGAGUGAGGAUGAUAACUAUUUGAUUGCAUUUCUCCUAAAACUCAUGGAAGAUACAAAGGCUGAUUUUACAAUGGCAUUUCGGCAGCUCAGUGAGAUUACUCAAGACCAGCUAAAAGAGCUCCGUAUUCCUCAGGAAUUCUGGGCUCUGCAGGACCUUGCUAAACACAAGUUCUUUUCAGACUGGGUUACUAUAUACCUCUUGAGAUUAGGACGUGACAUGGGUGAUUCAGACAGUACAAGAAAAAAAAGAAUGACAGCUAUCAAUCCUAGAUAUGUACUUAGGAAUUGGAUGGCAGAAUCAGCAGUACAAAAAGCUAAAAUGAAUGACUUUUCAGAGGUUCAUCUCCUGCAGGAAGUUUUACAACAUCCCUUUCAGAGGCAAGCAGCAGCAGAGAAAGCUGGCUAUUCACUACGCCCACCUUCUUGGGCCAAAGACCUUAAAGUCAGCUGUUCAUCCUGA